AUGGUGUCUCUUUGGGGCAAGAACGACGAUGAGCAGGCAGACGAGGUGGUAUCGAACAAUGGUGGUUCCAGCACCCACCGUGAAGCACACCCUCGGCCUUCCUCAGUCGAUGAGCGUACGAGACUGCUUCCUCCACCAAGUCGCGAAGGCUAUUUGAGCCCGGAUGACCCUGCUGUCUCGCCUUACAACUUAUGGUCUGUGAGGUUUACACGCUACUUUACCGUUCUCUUCGCUAUUAUCAAUUUCCUUUGGUGGACCUUACUCUUGGUCUCAAUAUUCGUCAGCCCACCUGGCUUGCACUCCCGCGGCUCAGGCUUCUUCGAUUUCUCCUAUAGUACUUUGUCGAUGGGCCUCCUAUUGCUGGUGUUGCUAUUCUUCUCCACGCCAUCAACCGCUUCACAGAUCACGGCCUUGGUCAUUGCGGUUAUCCUGCUGAUUGACAUGAUUAUCAUCUUGGCUGUCCCAAAAAUCCGCAUGGAGGAAGGCUGGGUAGGAAUUGCUAGUUGCGUUUGGGCGCUUCUCGUGUCGCUAUGGGCCAUCUCAACCGAGAGGCUCGUUACUUGGGGCAAGCGUGAGGAGGAAGAACGACUUACUGGUCGGGAAGAGAGCCGACGCACCCUCCGAGAGUGGUGUUCAGUUCUUACUGCAACCAUUAUCUUAGUUGUGAUCGCAGUCGUUGCAGUCCUUCUGUCCGCGACUCUGAUCCUCCGGGCUCGUGAUGCGUCGCUUGCAGCACCUGGAGAACGUUACUUUGUUGACGGCGACAAAUAUCAGAUCCACAUAUUUUGCGAAGGCAAUACCACUACCGAUUCGAAGGGAAAGAAGUCGCCUACAGUACUCUUCGAGGCAGGUUACGGACCAUUCGCUGGUGGCAUGAACAUUAUAGCUGAGAAUGCGCUUGCGAAUGGAAGCAUUAGCCGAUACUGUUAUGCCGAUCGUCCUGGACUAGGCUGGUCCGACAACGCUCCAUCACCAUUCUCAGCUGGCAACGCGGCAGUUGUCUUAUCUGAAGCAUUAGCACGCGCUGGUGAAAACGGUCCAUGGAUCCUAGCUAGUCAAGGCAUUGGCAGUAUCUACAGCCGAGUCUUUUCGUCUCGCAACGGACGCGAUGUUAAGGGUCUACUUUUGAUCGAUCCACUCCACGAGGAUCUUUUAUACAAGAUUGCAUCGCCUGGUCGAGGAUUCCUACUCUGGGCUUGGGGCAUCAUCUCACCCCUCGGUCUUGAUCGAAACCUUGCCGCUAUCCUCAAAGGACGAACCAGGGAAGACCGCGUUUAUGGCCGUUCUGCUUACCAGGGAGGAAAGUUCAUCAAGAACAAGCUUCAGGAAUCAUUGGUCGCUGACAGCUUAACCAAAAACGAAGUCAGCAGUGCUCGACACAUUCAGAUCCAGAAGACUCCAUUGUCGAUCAUCAGUUCUGGCAUAAAUGUGCGCAAGGACAGUCAUUGGGAAAAGAAGCAACGUGAUCUUACUCAUUUGACCAAAAAUCUUGUUAGCUGGGAUAUUGUUAACAAAGCACCUUCUGAGGUGUGGCAGACGUUCGAGGGAAGACAGAUGAUUGAGAAAAGAUUGAAGGAACUCGUUAAGGGUGCUUAA